CUAAUAGUGUCCAAGAUGGCUGCGCUCGUGGGGUUCCGUGCAUGCCUGUCUGCCCUCCAGCUCUCGUCCCCUGGUCUCCUGCACAGCUCCUACAAACUAUGUGCAGUGCCUCUGUUACAGAGAGGAUAUGCUGCUGAGGCAAAGAGAGUUUUCUCCAGAGACAAACCCCAUAUGAACAUUGGAACCAUUGGACACGUAGACCAUGGCAAGACCACACUGACUGCUGCCAUCACCAAAGUGCUGGCCGAGGCAGGUGGAGCUCGCUACAAGAAAUAUGAGGACAUUGAUAACGCCCCUGAAGAGAAAGCCAGAGGAAUCACCAUCAAUGCCUCACACGUGGAGUACACCACCGCCAACCGCCACUACGCCCACACAGACUGUCCCGGCCACGCCGAUUACGUCAAAAACAUGAUCACGGGCACGGCGCAGCUGGAUGGCUGCAUCCUGGUGGUUGCAGCAACAGACGGGCAGAUGCCGCAGACGCGCGAACACUUGCUGCUGGCACGGCAGAUCGGCGUCGAGCAUGUGGUGGUGUUCAUUAACAAGGCCGACGCAGUGGACGACAAGGAGAUGCUGGACCUGGUGGAGCUGGAGAUCCGUGAGUUGCUCACUGAGUUUGGCUACGAUGGAGAGAACACGCCCGUGGUCAUCGGCUCGGCACUCUGCGCCCUAGAGAACAAUCAGCCGGAGCUGGGUGUGGAUGCGGUGAUGAAGCUGUUGGAGUUUGUAGACACAUAUAUACCACUGCCAAAGAGAGAGCUGGAGAAACCAUUCCUGCUUCCCAUCGACGGAGUCUACUCCAUCCCAGGUCGUGGCACCGUGGUUACAGGCACGCUAGAGAGAGGGGUCAUUAAGAAGGGUGACGACUGUGAGUUUGUGGGACACAACAAAGCUGUCAAAUCUGUGGUUACUGGCAUAGAGAUGUUCCAUCAGCAACUGGACAGGGCAGAGGCAGGGGAUAAUCUAGGCGCCCUUGUCAGAGGGUUGAAGAGGGAGGACGUGAGGAGAGGGAUGGUGAUGAGCAAGCCUGCCUCCAUCCAGCCACACCAGAAGAUCCAAGCACAGGUGUACAUACUCAGUAAGGAGGAGGGUGGAAGACACAAACCAUUCGUUUCAAACUUCAUGCCAGUGAUGUUCUCUCUCACAUGGGAUAUGACAUGUCGGGUCACCCUACCUGGUGACAAGGAGAUGGUGAUGCCCGGUGAGGACACCAGUCUGACUCUGACCCUGCGGCAGCCCAUGGUGGUGGAGAGGGGCCAGAGGUUCACGCUACGAGAUGGAAACAAAACCAUCGGAACCGGCCUGGUGACUGAUAUCCUGACCUUUUCAAAGGAAGACAUGCACAACUGGGGCUGAGAAUGCACUGAGGGGGGAGAAGUGAAUGUAGAGUAUGGGGGUGGGGUGGAGGGGGGGCGGCAUAUAUGGUGGUAAUGAUUGGACCUUGGAUGGAGUUGGCUGAUGUGGGAAGAGCUGAUUCUCAAAGACAAACACACAAAAACAAAAAUAUGUAUUUGCAGCAGCUACUCUGUUCAUAUUGUAAAACCUGUCAAAUGUUUUUCUUAGGGAAGGGGUAUUGAAUGCUGUGGUCAAUGUGAUAAAAUGUAUUCAUAUAA